CGAGGGGCCGCUCCGCUCCGCGAGAUCAUGGCGGCUUCUUUGGGGUCAACUGUCGGGGCGACGACCUCCGCGGCAUUGACCCCGACGGGAACCCCGCCGGAGUCGGAGGUUCUUUAAUAGCAUUGGAGCAAAUGACUCCUUGCGAAAGAAAGAUGCUGAAUUUCAGGAGCAUGACAAGUUUCUGUCUCCAGAUUUUCUCUCAGUUGCCCAAAUCACCGAAAUGCUAGCAGAGGACAUAGAUGGAGUUCAACAGAAAUUUGCCACAUUUCUGAAUUUCAAAAAUCUUAAAACCUGUUUAAAAGAAGCCAUUCUAGUAGAUUAUUAUGUAUCUGGAUUUUUGUGGGCUAGAGGCAUGGACUUUUCUGUUCUGCAGUACUCAAAAUUUAUGACUUUACUAGAUGUCUUGCUUCAUAAUCUUAGAGCACUGCAUAUGUCCUUAAAAGAUAGCUUACAAUGGCUUGGAGAAGUUAUGGCUGAAAUUGGACCAGCCCAUUUACAGAAACACAAGAAAUGGAGUAUCUUUGAUAUAAAACAAGCCAAUGCUAUCACUGAUUAUUUAAAAAUCAGCUUAUUUCAACACUACAAGCUAUAUGAGUUUCUGUUCUACUCUCCCAGGGAAGAAAUUGUGAUAGGAGCUGAGCAAAUGGUAGAGGUCGUCAAGUCUUCAGGCGGCCUUUUCCCCAACCCUCUAGAAGAAGGAAUCUCAUUUGAUAUUUACUCAACAUUCAUAGAGCCACCCCCAACAUUGGAUACAGAAAUGAAGAUAUUGGAUCAAGAACAAGGCUCAGUGGAGUCCCAGCCAGCAGCCAGCACUUCAGAGACAGAUGCUUUAGCUGGUCUCACCAUUGAAGAUAUAAAAUCCGUGCUUGCCCAAGUCACAGAUGACAUCCUAAUCGGCAUUCAGGCCGAGAUAAACGAAAAGCUGCAAAUACAGGAAGAGGCCUUUAAUGCACGAAUAGAAAAAUUGAAAAAGGCCUGAGGACCCGGUACAAAGAGAGUGAUGCUGAACUUCACAGAAACAAACAAAACCAGUCAGAAUAAUAGACUCUCUAGAGCAUCGUGUCUCUUUUAUUUAGUUGGGAGAGGAAAACCAAGCCCCACUUUUUAUUAUCGUAAGUAAUUAGAAAAGCAUUGGCCCCAAUUUUGCUAUCUCCUGUCCCAUAGCAGCCUCUGAAUUUAUUGCAUUGAGUGUAAUAAGAACAUUUUGUAGACAAGAGUUUGGAGAAUUAUAUAUAUAAAUACAAUUACAAUACUCCUUUGACA